CAUCAUGGCGUGUUAUUUACAAACUAAUGAAAAACAGCUUGUGUGACUAAGUUUAUCAUAUAAACUGUAAACAAAUGAAAAAGGUUUAAUGGAUCAGCUAAGAUGGAAGACCUGUCAAAGCUACUGCUGGAAGAAAGAGCACAUUCAGAACAGUUUAAAGCAAAUUUUAUACAGCUGAAAAUUGAAUUUGACAAAUUGGUUACAGAAAAUCAUAGAUUAAAUGAUGAAAUAUUAAAAUCCAAAGAAUACAAACCUGAAGAACCUAAUGAAGUGUUAAAACGGAAAUUAAAGAAUGCUGAAAAGGAACUCCAGGGAAAAGACCUUCUCAUUGCCUCACUCCAAGAAAAGUUUCAGACAAUCAAUGAAUCUUUAAAAGAAAAACUUCACCAUGACAAAAACUAUAUUUCUAGGAUCGCUUCUACAGAGAAUGCCCUCGAGCAAACUAAAAUGCUGUUAUCCAAUCUUCAGUUGGAAACAUCUGUAUUAGUGAAAAAUAUUGAGCAUUCCAGAAAGACAGACGAACAAGACCAUCAACGAGAUCUCAUGACUUUAGCCGAUAGAUGUGCCAAAUCUGAUCAUGAAAGGAGACUUAUUGCUCGCCAAGUUAUAAAAGCCACAACAAAAGCAAAGAAAACUACAGAGAUAUUAAAACAGGAAAAUGGAUUGCUCUCAUAUACAAUAACAAAACUUAAAGAAUCGAUGGACAAAGUCUGUUGGGAGAAAAGUGAACUGUCCUCUCAAUUGGAAACGCUUAAAGUGCAAUACGGACAAAAUCAUGGAGAGAUGAUCAUGCAAAUCCGCAACCUUGAGUGCGAAACCGCCAAACUCGAGUCUAAAUGUCAUGCUUUAGAAAGAAAUAUCCAAGAAGCUUUGCGCGAAAAAGAAAAAGCAAUAUUGGCAUUUCAAGCAGCAGAGAAUGAAGAAUCCAAAUUACGGGGAAAUCUAUGUGCAAUUGAAAUGAAACUCGAGAAAGUAACUGAUCAAUUUAAAAGAGAUUUAGAGCACAAAGACCAUAUAAAUAACCUAGAAGUACAAGAGUUAAAGAAAAACCUUCAUAUGUUAAAAAUAGAAUUAGAUCAAGAGCGUAUGAAAAUCCAGCAUCAAUCAGACAAGUUGCGGAUUCAUGAAAAAGAAUUGAUUGUAGCGAAAGAUGAGUUACGCAAGAGGGAAAUUGAAGUCAACAGUCAGGUGCAGGACGUUAAAAUUGCAACCGAGAACAAGUAUCGGGCUGUGCUCGAAGAAAAAUUUCAAACAGAAAUGGAGAUCUCCCGAAAAUGUGCCGAAAUAGAAAGCCAGUUGAUUUUGGAGCGUAAUCUGAAAGCUAGUCUAGAACUAGAAAUUCGCAAGCUGGCAUCUGAUAAUCAAAUAUUGAACGAACGAAUAAGAUCCCUCGAUGAAAUUCCAAUGGAUAAGAAACGAUUACAAAAUACCGUCGAUCUGCUUGAAAAGGAAAAAAUUAAACUUUCGGAGGAAUUAGAUCGUUACAAACAAUCUUCAACCGAGCGAUACGAAAUAAUGGUUAAUGAAAGGGAGUUGCUUAGAACUCAACAAGCCCUUGCAGAAGACAAAAUGUUAAAAACGGUCAAUGAGUUGCAAGGUCAUGUUACCCAACUACAAUCUCAACUGGUCACUUCGGAACAAAGAGCCGAAUCUCAAGUGAAACGUCUUGAAUCCUCAUUAAAAGCCAAUCAACAGAAAUCUCAGCAAUAUGCAAAAUUAAUUUGGAAACUUAGACAGCGGCUUGUCUUGAAUACCCAGCCAUCGGUUAUGCUCGAUUCUUUAGCUCACCCCCAGCAACAACAGUAAUCGAUAUUUAAUUUCCGUGCAAACCAAUGAAGUGCAUCCCGUUCAAUCGAAGGAUUUCGGCAUGACUUGCGAUAGCGAAUAACUGAGCUUGUCGGACGUAAUAAUUGUUACUAUUGACCUGUUUGAUUCGAGUACUAAAUAAAUGUUAACUUUUGUUUUGGUUGGAAAAA